CUUGGAACCCCAUUUCAAGCUACCAAACGCGCCAACUGUGGGAAUCUGAGCCAAAUUCAUUCCAUGUGAUAUUUUCCAUGCACCAAACGGCUCCUAAGAAUCAUCCCAUGAUUUGAUGCGCGAAACUCUUAAUACGGACUAUAUUCAUCAAUCAUGAGAGUAUUAACGCCUAAGGCGACGGCGACUCACUCCGACGACCACCGCUUCGCCACUGUCGGUCACCGUGAUGCUGAGUCGCUUUUUCGGACGAAGCCCAUUUCCGAGAUCCGAAAUGUGGAGGCGAGUACGAGGAAGCAGAUCGAAGACAAGAAGGAGGAGCUCCGGCAGCUUGUUGGCAACCGGUACCGUGACCUCAUCGACUCGGCGGAUUCCAUCGUUUUGAUGAAGAACUCUUGCCAAUCGAUCUCUGGCAACAUCUCUUCGAUUCAUGGUGCGAUUCGCUCACUCUCCCUCUCUCAGUUGCAGUCUGAAUCUCCGUCCCAAUCCUCUGCCACGCGCACCUGGACUUACGGCAUCGCUUCCCGUGUAAAAUAUUUGAUUGAUACCCCAGAGAAUAUAUGGGGUUGUCUGGAUGAGGGCAUGUUCUUAGAGGCAGCAUCACGCUACGUGCGAGCCAAGCAAGCACAUUGCAAAUUGUUCUUGGACAAUGGGAAUGCCGCCGAUGGGGAUCAGAAAAAGAUUUUAUCAAAUUUCCCUAUCCUUCAGCACCAAUGGCAAAUCGUUGAGAGUUUCAGGACCCAGAUCUCUCAGAGGAGUCGGGAUAGGCUGUUGGAUCGGGGCCUUACCAUUGGGGCUUACGCGGAUGCAUUGGCUGCCGUGGCUGUUAUUGAUGAACUUGAGCCAAAACAGGUAUUGGAUUUGUUUCUGGAAUCGAGGAAGUCGUGGGUCUCUCGUAUAUUGGUUGACUGUGAUGCUGCUACUUCCGCUUCCUUUGUUGUGGUUUCUGUCUUCUGUGAUGUGUUGGGCAUAAUUCAGGUCAGUGUUGGUCAGGUUGGUGAGUUAUUUUUGCAAGUGAUGAAUGAUAUGCCUCUUUUCUACAAAGUCAUUCUGGGUUCUCCUCCUGCAUCUCAUUUGUUUGGUGGAAUUUCCAAUCCUGAUGAGGAGGUGAAGCUCUGGAAAUUGUUUAGAGAUAAACUGGAGUCAAUUAUGAUAAUGCUUGAUAAAGACUAUAUUGCGAGUACUUGUAAAACUUGGUUAAGGGAAUGCGCUAAAGAGAUGGUAAACAAGAUAAAUGGAAGAUAUUUAAUUGAUGCCAUUGGGAGUGGCCACGAACUAGCUUUGGCUGAGAAAUCGAUAAGGGAGACGAUGGAAAGUAAGCAAGUGCUGGAAGGUAGUCUGGAAUGGCUUAAGACCGUUUUUGGGUCUGAGAUUGAGUUACCUUGGAGUAGGAUCCGGGAACUCGUUUUGGAAGAUGAUUCGGAUCUAUGGGAUGAUAUUUUUGAGGAUGCUUUUCUUGGUAGAAUGAAGGUGAUUAUUGACCUGCGAUUUAGGGAGCUCACUGGCACUAUUGAUUUGUCUAACGUGAUAAAUGCAGUCGGGGACACUUCCGCCAAGCAGAAUGAUAUGCAGGGGUACUUGAACAGACCAUCAACAAUCGGUGGAGUUUGGUUUGUAGAAUCUAAUGCCAGAAAGACCGUAUUUAAAGUCCAACAUGAAGAGAAUGAAUUUCAAACAUGUCUAAAUGCCUAUUUUGGCCCAGAAGUUAGUCAAAUAAGAGAAUUAGUUGAUAUGUCUUGUCGGAGCAUUCUUGAAGAUAUGUUGAGUUUCUUAGAAUCUCCAAAGGCAUCUCAAAGAUUGAAGGAUCUAGCACCCUAUGUGCAAAGUAAGUGUUAUGAAAGCAUGUCUGCUGUAUUGAUGGCAUUGAAAGGUGAGCUAGAUAAACUGUAUGCCAUAAUGGAGAGAGAUGGCAAUGUUUCUACAAAUGCUACCAUUGAAAGAUCUCUUUUCAUUGGUCGACUAUUGUUUGCUUUGCAAAUUCACUCUAAACAUGUGCCCCUGGUACUUGGAUCUCCUAGAUCAUGGGCGAAUGAUGCUACAUCUGCUCUGGGAAAAAUGCCAUCAGUGAUGAAGCAAUCCAAGUUUGGAGCUGAUUCUCUUGCCUGCGAUGCACCAGGAAGACACACACUCUUUGGCACUAAAAGACAAAAUUCUCUUGCUGCAGCUGCCUUGUUUGGAACAAGAGAAAGUGCAAGCCCACACUUGGAAGAACUGAGCAGGAUUAUGGGAGAUCUUUGCAUUAGAGCCUACAGCUUGUGGAUAUCAUGGCUAUGUGAUGAGCUUUCAGUUAUUGUCUCACAGGGCCUUAAACAAGAUGAUGCUCUAUCUUUGAGUACUCCCUGGAGAGGGUGGGAGGAUAUUGUCAAGCAAGAGCAUUCUGAUGAAAAUGAAUCCGAGAUGAAAAUAUCUCUUCCAUCAAUGCCUUCUCUAUAUAUAAUUUCCUUUCUAUUUCGAGCUUGUGAAGAAGUUCAUCGAGUUGGGGGUCAUGUACUGGACAAGAAGAUUUUGCAAAAGCUGGCAUCUGGACUGUUGGAAAAGAUUAUUGGAAUCUUUGAGGAGUUUCUUUUCACCAAGGAGACAAGUGAUCUUGGAUUGUCAGAAAAAGGAGUCUUGCAGGUUCUGUUAGAUGUCAAAUUUGCCACUGAUGUUCUCUCUGGGGGCGAUUCAAGUUCAAUUGGGGAAUUAUCUGGCAACCAGAAGCCAAGGUUACCUGUUAGAAGGAAGCAGGAUCAAAGACUGAUGACCUCAAUUAUUAGAGAACGUUGUGAUCAGUUGUUAAAGCAUCUUUCUCAGAGACUGGAUCCUAUAGACUGGCUCACGUUUGAGCCAUAUCUUUGGGAGAAUGAGAAGCAGUCAUACCUACGUCAUGCUGUCCUCUUUGGAUUUUUUGUGCAACUCAACCGAAUGUACACAGAUACUGUUCAGAAACUGCCUACUAAUUCAGAGUCUAAUAUUCUGAGGUGCUCUACAGUACCUCGAUUCAAAUACCUUCCCAUCAGUGCUCCAGCAUUGUCUUCUAGGGGGACAAAGAAGACAUUUGCUCCAUCUUCAAGUGAACACUCUUCGAGAAGUUCCUGGAACUCUCUUACAAAUGGUGAGCUUUCUCAGAAGAUGAAUUUGGAUGACAACUCAAGUCUCGGGGUAGCAGCUCCAUUUCUGAAGUCAUUCAUGCAAGUUGGAAGUAGGUUUGGGGAGAGUACUUUGAAAUUGGGAUCCAUACUGACUGAUGGACAAGUUGGCAUUUUCAAGGAUAAAUCAACAAGUGCUAUGUCAUUUGGUGAUAUUCUACCUGCUCAGGCUGCUGGUCUUCUUUCAUCUUUUACAGCUCCCAGAUCAGAUUAUUGACUUUCGGAUGAAUGCAAGGCACUAGUGGCUUUUAAAUGAAAGAAUAUUAUUUGCAGCUCCAGAUGUUAAACAUCUGAACGAAUGAAGCAAUUGAAAUGUAUGGGGACGAGGUUAUUUCAUGUUAAUGGGUUAAAGGAUCUUUUGGCUUGGAAACAAGUGUGAAUCGUGACAACUGUUGGAGCUGCAAGCGUGAGGAAGUUUGCCAAGCAACAGAUUAUAAGAGCACAAACUGAAAUCCAUGGCAUUGAUUUUGUUUGUCAUUUGGUCCUAGGCUGCUUAGAUGUGUCUAUGCAAAUGUUUUAAGUGAGAAGAGCUAUGAUUAAUGGCCACUGUUUCGCCUCUCACUUACAUAGUUGAAAAGUUAUAGAAAAUUAUAAUGUCACUAUUCUUAAAAUGUGCCAAGGAAUCAUAUAAUGUGUAGUUGUAAUUUUGGGUUCUUUUACUGUUCUAUAGAGGUUUUGUAAUUUCCAUAAAAUUGUAUCCUAUUAUUUGUUUAUUUCUAAUUCUAAUUAAAAGGGGUUCAAACCAAAA